UUCUCUGGUGCGUGAGCGCGCACCGCAAUUCUGAUCUGCGCGCGGGUGAUGAUGAUGAGAGCGUGACCUCACCGCUUUCUGCACAGCUGCUGGAGAGCGAGAGCGCGAGAGAGAGGGGGGAGACUCAGAGAGAGAGAGAGAGAGCGCCAGCGAGCAACACGAACACGUUGACGGAGACAGCAGCCGAGAACAUUCACAACACGGGGGAUAACUGCGCGUGGACACCGUCGCGAGGCGUCCGUGGGCUGCUUCUCGCCAGCUCGCCUCCCAGAAUGUUCUGCGCCCCCGGUCCGUUUCUUCCACGGUACACCAAACAGUCGCCGCGGCGUCCCCACGGACACUGAAGCCCAGAUGCUCACCCUCUCCGCCGACAUGGACGACUCCUCGUCGCUGCUGGAUCUGCUGGAGUGCUCGGUGUGCCUGGAGCGCCUGGACACUACGGCCAAAGUGCUGCCUUGCCAGCACACCUUCUGCCGCCGCUGCCUGGAGAACAUUGUCAGCUCCCGGAACGAGCUCCGCUGCCCGGAGUGCCGCAUCCUGGUGGACUGCGGGGUGGACGACCUGCCUGCUAACAUCCUCCUGGUUCGCCUCCUGGAUGGUAUCAAGCAGCGGCCCCAGCGAGGAAGCGGAGGAGGAGGAGCGGGCGGCAGGCAGUCCCUAGCCGGGGGCUCCCUGCAGGGGUACGCAGCCGGGAUAUCCGCCUCUCCUCCGGGCACUGCGAUCAGAGAGCUGCCUGUAGCCACCAGGAGCUCCACUGUUAAGUUUGUCAAGUGCAAAGGUUUUCAAACUGUGUUCACUUUUGGAUUAGGGAACAUCCCAGCGCUACCUUGUGGUAAAGCCCUCUACUCGUACGAGGGCAAGGAACCGGGCGACCUCCAGUUUUCCAAGGGCGACAUCAUCAUCCUGCGGCGCAAGGUGGACGACAACUGGUACCACGGCGAGCUCAGUGGUUGCCACGGUUUCCUGCCUGCUAGUUACAUCCAGCUGCUGCGUCCCCUGAGCCAAACUCCACCGCAGGGCAAAGCAUUGUACGACUUUGAGGUCAAAGACAAAGACCAGGAUAAAGACUGUCUGGCCUUCAGCAAGGAUGAGGUGCUGACAGUAAUCAGACGAGUAGAUGAGAACUGGGCGGAAGGCAUGCUGGGAGACAAGAUUGGCAUCUUCCCCAUUCUCUAUGUGGAGUUAAAUGAAACAGCAAAGCAGUUGAUGGAGAUUGACAAGCCUAUGCCAGCUAACGCUCCAGGUCCGAGCUCUGAUCCAGCCCCGUUGGGUCCCUGCUCUCCUGGACCCUCCCCCAGUGCCUCCCCUUCAAAUGGAAACGGUUCUGGCCAUCGGAGAGGUGAAGGAAAGAAAAACGCCAAGAAGCGCCACUCGUUUUCUGCACUGUCCGUUAGCCAGAGGGCCGCCCAGCUCAACAACAGACACAGCAUGGAGAUCUCCCACCCGGUCCUCAUCAGCUCCUCUGACCCCAGAGCUGCUGCACGCAUCCAGGAUGCAUCACCCCCGGGUCCCUCCCCCUCCUCGGCAGGGGUACUGGUGCCCCCUAAAGUGGCAUCUAUAACCUCUGAGCUGCUGGCCCACGCCAAGGUGCAGCUGCCACUCAACAUAUACCUGGCUCUGUACGCCUACAAGCCCCAGAAGGCUGACGAGCUGGAACUUCGGAAAGGGGAAAUGUAUCGGGUGACAGAGAAGUGUCAAGACGGAUGGUUCAAAGGCACCUCGCUGAGAACUGCUGCGUCUGGCGUCUUCCCAGGAAACUAUGUCACUCCUGUGUCCAGGGCUCCCUUUGGAGUUGGUGCUACUCGGGGCUCAUGUUUGUCCAGUCCAGUCGGUGGAGGAGGAGGAGGGUGCAGUCCAGUGGCGGGUAAAAUCUCCGACCCUUCGUCUCCAGGGUCCCCGGGGCCCUCUUCGUCCCGUCCCACCACCCCACUGGUAAACUCAGCCAACUCUAUCAACAGUAUCAGUCCCGCCUCUUCGCCGCAAACUGCCGCCGCUCAGCUGAAGAACUGCCUGCGCUCCAGCCAGCACACGGUGAACCAGGCACGCACCUCAAUGCAGCUGGUCCACAGUCCCCCAGCUGGAAGCCCAGAGCGCCCCACGGUGGCCAUCUCUCCCCUGCGUCCUCAGAGCUCCUCCCCCUCGCGCUGCCCUGGUCAAUCGGGUCGUCCUCUCUCCAUGGUGUCUCCAGGACCCAGCUUAGGGCCCUCGCCCCUCUCCUCCCCAGCUUCGCGUCCCAUCCUCCCCCUGUCCUCCCCCCUUUCUUGUCUCACCCCUCCGAACGUGUCAGCGGUGCUCCUCAACGGCGAGCCAGCCAGUCCACUGCAGCCUCCAUCGCCGGGCCCCUCCCAUGCUCCCACCCAGGGCGCCCUCGCACCCAAAGCAGAGAAGGAGAGGAAAGCAGGAGGUCUGUUAAAGCUCCUGUCGGGGGCCGCAGCCAAGAAGAAACCUCGCUCGCCCCCGUCCUCCCCGCCAACCCACGACCCCUCAUUGGCUGGCCAAGGCGCCGUGGCCACCGACCCCGCCCACCAUCCUCACCACCAUCACCACCACGCCCGCUCAGGUUCCUGUCCAAUGGCGUCGCAGGGACGAGCCGGAUCCUGUCCAAUCGAGAGCGAGAUGGCGGGGGCAAUGGGCCUGGAGCCUCUGCACAGGAAGUCCGGCUCCCUGGACACCAACUUCCCCAUGUCGCCCCCGGCAACACGCGCUGGCAAUGCUCUGAUGGUCCUCAGGCCUGAACCCAAGCCCCUGUCCAGAGAGAGGUAUCGUGUGGUGGUGCCCUACCCACCCCAGAGCGAGGCGGAGAUCGAGCUGCGGGAAGGAGACGUGGUGUUCGUCCAUAAGAAGAGGGAGGACGGCUGGUACAAAGGCACCCUGCAGAGGACGGGACAGACCGGCCUGUUUCCCGGCAGCUUCGUCGAGAGUUUCUGAACCGCAGAAAGUGAACAAAUGAACACACACUGUCCUGUUUCUGAGUCAUACAACACACAUAGACACAAGAUACAGACGCAUACAUAUACAAAAGUUGGGCUGAUACUGGAUUCCUAGAUUUAUACUUUUAAGUUAACCCUUGUGUCAUCCUGCGGGUCAGAAUUGACCCGUUUUAAAGUUUGAAAAUGUGGGGAAAAAUAUAUAUAUAUAUAUAUAUAUAUAUUUUUUUUUUUUUUUUUUUUUUUUUACAUAUUUUAUUUAUAAUUUCUGUUUUCAGACAAUUACAACACAAUCAAAGAACACCCAACAGUUGCCAGUACAAAAGAAAAGAAAAAACAAAACAAAAAUUAGAUUAAAAAAUAAUCUUCAUAUGGAAAUGUACGUAAACACACAUAUAAAACAUGUAAAGGUAAAUACAGAGUUGAUCAGUCCAGGCCAUGCUAAGGGGAAGUAGGGAUCCGCUACGAAGCCGCGAGACCCGCGUGACUGCAGGAACUGGAGGGGCAAGGGAGAACACAUAAAUCCGGGCAGUGUAAUCACGCAUCAGGCACGAUGUUUGCGACAAAAGAAUCAGAACUGAGGCAUAGGAUUGUCUUUUCUAAUACGUGCAAUGAAAGGUCCCCAGAUCUUAAAAAACAUAGACUGGGCACCUGCCAGGGUAUAACGAACUUCUUCGAGAUAUAUACAUGAAACCAUAUCGUUUAGCCAUCUGUUAACACAAGGGGGAGAGGAUGACUUCCACUCCCGCAGGAUAAAAAUAUAUAUAUUUUUACAGUGAAACUUCUGAUGUCCACAUUUUCAACAUUUUUGGGAAAUCUUUGAACUUUUUUUUGAUGGAUAAAAGAAAUGUUAAAAAUGUGUCUUAAGAACAUUCACAAAAAAAUCAACCACAAUCCAACGAAUUUCGCUGGAUUGUGAUUGAUUUUUAUGUGAAUGUUCUUAAAGGAAAUAUUAGAGGUUUUACUGAUAUAUAUGUAAUCAGUUUAGCUAUUUUUAGGAUUUUUUUGGAAGAAUUUUACUCAUUUUUUUGAAAAUAUAUACAAGAAUUUUCUUGCCAAAUUUGGGGGAAUUUAAAAAAAAAAACUUUUAAGGGAAACUUUUAAGGGAUUAUUGGAAUUUUCUUCCUGAAGGUUUUGCAAAUUUUCAGAAAUUUGGGGAAUUUUUUUGCUGAAUUUGGGGAUUUUUUUCAGACAAUGAAACAAUAUGUUUUGGUGCCCGUAAAUGAGGACAGCAGGAGGGUUAGUGAUAUGUGAACACUGACCUGCAAAAAAAUAAAUUAAAACUUGCCUUAAGAAACUCCUCACACUAAAAAUUUAAUUUGUGUGGAUUUAAAGUGAAGAAUUUAAAUUUACCGUGUUGAUCUCCAAGCAUUUUUUAGUCAUUUUCCCAGAGUAAUCGGUUAAAAAACACUGGAUUUUGAAUUUAAAACAUAUUUUACACUGUCAAAAAACUAAUAGGAACAGUCUUCAGCAAUCCAUAUCAGUCCAACUAGCACACACACGCUGUACAGGAAAGCUCGUCCCUGCUUCGACCAGCCCAGCCACAAGAAGCAGGGCGGCUUUCCCUUCACUGGCCCAGCUGGGUCAGAGGGGCUCCAUCAGGCUCGGUUUACAGACCCUCACGGGUGGUUGUUGACUACUGAAGGCACACGAGACUCAAAGAGCACAGAAGGACGAACCCUGCCUCCCAGUUCUCCUCCUCCUUGGCAUCAUCCACCAGCAAACACUAGCACAAGAAGCAUUAGCUCUGCUUUUCCACUGAGACCUCAGAACUUGUAAUCGGGUGCUUUCUCCGUUUGAGAAGUGAAAAUUUCACGGCCAGGCAAUGAGGGAAGUGUGCGAGCCGACACUCCAGGAUCAUUGUGAGCACAUCUCCGUGUCCAAUGUGUGACGAGCACAUGUUUCUUUUCAGCCCAGUAUGUGUUAACGAUGCAUGUAGCAUUAUUAUGGUUUUUUUAUAUGUUGAAAUAGAUGUUUGUGUUGUCAUGCUGUGAUCAUUCAUCACAGGGAGUUUAAUAUAAAAGCAAAUGGUGCAAAUAGUCAAAUAUGAAUUAGGUCCUUCAUUUUUUUCUAUUUAUAUCUCUUAGAUAAAUGUAUACAACUUUUUUUUAUUUUACUUUUAUUAAUCAAAUUUGGUUUUCAUAGACCCCACAGCUUGAUUGAACUGAAUUACCUGGCUUGUUGAAUGUAAAAAAAGAGCAGUAAGUUACACCAAAAGUCUUUUAAAGGAUUAAUUUGUAUUUAUAAAGUUGUUUUUCAACUUCUGUAUGAGAUUAGAAACAAAAGAAAUGCACUCUGUAAUAUUUGAUACAACCUGCCAGUAUGUCUACAUAUACAGUAUUUUACACAUGUAUUUACUUGACAAAAGGGAUUUCCACUGCUGCUUGUCACAUCCAUCUGGUUAUGAACAUGAAUUUUCUUUAAGCAGGCACAAAUAUCUUCACUGGGGCAAAAUGACUUAAUCUUUAUUCAGCCUUUUUUAGUCUGACAAACCAACAAAAACAUAGUAACCGAUGUGAACGCUCCUCGGAAAUCCCCUACUUGAAAUACGAAGAAUUCUGUCACAAAGAUUGCUAACAAUAAUUCCUCUUCCUAAGCCUUUUCUUCAGAUGCACUCGACAGUUUUUGUCUGACUGCAGCAAUAUUGCGAAGCCAGACGUGUGCUGAUUCGACGCUUGUGAAAGAGUGUACGAUCGAGGCAAGGAAGCGCCUGCGAGUCAGAGCGCAGGGACACGGAUUUUCCCAUCACACGACUGCCAGCCUUUGACUUUUCCUCUGAUCUUGUCGACCUUGAACAAGUGUUUUUGUACCGCUUUAGUGAGCGUGGAGUCAGUCUGCUUCUGUGAAUCUUUACGUCCUGAAUGUGGAUCUGGGCUCGUCUAGUUUACAUCCUGCCACAACCAUCUACCUUUUUUCCCUGUUGGUGGAGACAGAAGCACAGCGACACUCAGACCGUGACUGUAUGAGGACAUGAGAUAGCGAGAGGUCAGCAGUGAGAAGAACACAGUUACAGGGCAUGAGUGACUUUCCUCACCUGAUUUUUUUUUUUUUUUUUAAAAGGGCCAGAAUGAAGCACAAACAAACCGCUUAUUCAUUUCCACACAAAUUGGCUCUAACCUGAUGGUAAACUAAGAGUCUCCUAUUGGUGAAGCACUGUUGAGUCUUUUAUGGUACAUUGGGAAGACAAUAAACACAAACAGACGGAAAAAGAAUUCAAUCCACAUGGACUCAAGAUGGCACAAAACAGCUUCUUUUGUUUGUUUGUCUGUUUUUGGCAUUUUAUCAGUAAAUUCUUCCCAAACUCUAGAGGACAACAAAACACAGUUUGGAAACUUAAGUUACAUCUUAUUCCCAGUUGAUCCAACUGCAGAAUAAACACAAAGAUAUGAGUGAAACCCUCCAGCACGAUCUCCACAGACUAGCAGUAAACAAGCACAAGACGGGAGCAACAGCACGGAUCAUAAAUCGGACUCAAAAGUGGAGCUUUUUAAUAACCUUUUUCCCCCCGUUUAGCUCUCAUACUUUGAUAUAUGAUUACACACUAUAUUCUCAGCGUAGUAAAAAAAGAAAAGUAUAAUUUAAAAUGCAAGCAAGAAAACAUGAUUUAUUAACAUGUUCACCCUGGACUCUGAAGUGAAGGUGACCUGUCAGGAUGUUGUUAUCAUCCUCUGGCCAGUGGCAGUGCACUAUGGGUAAUCCUGGAGCAACAGAUAAACCAAAAACACUCGAUCACAGCUCACACAAACUCGAGUUAGACUGAAGUUUUUUCAUUUUGUAUCGCGGAUAUGAACAGUCAGUCUGACUCUGUACACAUUAAACUGAUCAGUUUUGUCUAUUUGAUCUCAUUUUAUACCAGACUAUGAUCUUUGUAUGAGUUUAAUGGGGUGUUUUGGUUCAGUCAAGUAAAAGUGCCACUUUAUUUUCCUUGAAAAUAACUAAAAGGGAAAGUAAAAGUCAAAUUUUGGAUAUUAGUCAUUGGAAACUUCGAUCUAAACAUCUUUGCACUGGCCUUCAAACCCUGUCAGUCAAACCCUAGUGCCUACAAAUGUCAGCACACACACACAAAUACACACUCCUGCUAUUUAUUCUAGGCUAGACCUCUUCAACUCUUUCUUUCUGUAUGUAUCAGUACGAUGAGCCUGCUGGUUGUUUCUCAGUCAGAUCAGGCUCGAUGGCAAAAACCAGCAGAUCCCAGAACAGCUCUGCACGAACCCCGAGCAGGGCUUUUUUUUUCUUCUUUAUCUGUUUGUACGCCCGCUCAACUGAGGACUCUAAUUUCUAUUGAGUGAAACUUAAGCACAAGUCCUCGUUUGUGUUCACCAGAUCAGCACAUCUCCGUGGAGACGACGCUGUGAGGAGAAAGAGUAUACAACAGUCAGGAAUAAAACCACUGCUGCACGGUGGUCACUUUACAUAAAAUAACUUGAACCGCCGGUUUCUCCAAUGUUUUCAUGUGUUUAGAUUACGUGAUGUGAGCUUGUCGUUUGCCUCAGCUUCCUGGUUGUAAAUACCACUCAUUCAGACGGCUUGAAAAAUGUGAACGAGCUGCCAACAGCGGCGGUUAUUCCCACUGGACUCGAACACAACAUAAAACACACCAUUGCACACCAGUAUGGUUAUCAAUUGGCCUCAUCAAAUUACUCCCCAACCUUUCCCCCCCCCCCCCCCCCAUCCUUCCAGGAAGCCUGAGCUCUCACCCUGCCAUCUUGAACUAGAUGUCGGUCAUAUUUGUUCCUAUGGAUACUUGGGUGUUUGUGUGUGUGUGUGUGAGAGGGCGGGAGGAGGCCUCUGUAUGUAGCUCUUUACACAAAAAAAAGAAACUUUAUGAAAAGGCUUGGUGCAGCAUGGACGCUCAUGCCUCAUCAGGACUGAGUCGAGAUGAAAAACGAUGGUACAGUGAGAGAAACAGAGAAAAAAAAAGUAUAUAUAUAAUUCUAUAUUGUGCAGAAUAUUUAUAGGCCUUUUGUGCCAUUUGAAGUCAUGCUCUGUGCUGGCCACGCCCAGCGCUCUCUACCAUGUGAUCAUUAUACAUCGUCUUGUACUGAUGACCCGUGGUUGAUUUGAUUGUUUUUUCAUGUCAAGUGCAUUUUUCGCAAUAAAUGCCUUUGUUUUAAAACCGA